CAAUUAGAAAACCAAUCGUAAGGUCCAACCAGUGGCACUGGGAUGACUUUUCCGCGCAUUCCAAACCCAUCGCAAUGCAGGUAUGCUGCGAUCCGUAGGUAUGUAAGUGUUUCAGCAACACAGAUAAGACACCGAGCCCGAAGCCUGCCAUGCAUUACAGAUAAGAUUGAAUGCUUCGGAAGUCUACAUAUGGAGAGUGAGAAUUUGCUGCGGUUUUCCCGCCUCUGCUUCUUACCUGCCACUCAUCAUGCGAAGGCCGUCGCGCUUUCAACUCUGCAUUUGUUUAUUAUUUCUCAUUAUAUUGAUACCCUUGAAAAGCCACCUCACGGAUCUUUGCGACCAGUAUCGUGCACAAGAGUACAUAGUUGAUUGGUUCAGUCUUGAGCGGACCAGCCAAGUGACAAUAUCUUCUCCAGGUCAGACUGGCGACAAGGUGAUCGUGGCUGCGAAGCUACAGGAGGAGCAGACAGAAUGGAUUGAGCAAGAACUACCCGACUGGCAACGAGCUAUCUACAUCGUCAACCCAUCACGAGAAGUUGCAGAUGAUGCCCGACAACUUAUAACACCCCUUAACAAGGGCCAUGAAUCCAUGGCUUACCUAACAUACCUUAUUGAUCACUAUGAUAGACUCCCUUCCACCAUUGCAUUUAUCCAUUCGCAUCGCUCGGGCUUUCUUCGAGCUUGGCAUGUCGAUGCACCUCUGCAUGAUAAUGUAUGGUCUAUGAAAGCCCUGCAGCUGAACUUUGUUAAGCAGAAUGGCUAUGUCAAUCUACGAUGUAAUUUGAACCCAGGGUGCAAGGCCAUAUACCAUCACGUAACACGUGAUGUCUUCACGGAAAUAUUUGAAGGCACCAGCACACCCCCACUGAACGGGACUGAUCUUGCGCUUGGAAGUGACAAACGCGCCAUGCAAAUCCCUGACACGGUUGGGGCAGCAUGUUGUGCGCAGUUUGCAGUAUCUCGAGAGCAGGUGCUUCAGCGCCCACGCGAAGACUAUAUCAAGAUACGGCAGUGGAUUAUCCACACGCCGCUGGAUGAUGCUCACAGUGGGAGGGUUAUGGAAUAUCUUUGGCAUAUCAUCUUCGGCAAAGAAGCUGUCUAUUGCCCAGAUGAAGAAGUCUGUUACUGCCAGGUGUAUGGGCUAUGUUGAAUGAUG